CCCCGGGGUCGGCUGGGUGCCGGCCUCGUCCAGCCCCCGGCGCAGCUGACAGCACCCGCUGACCUCGGCUCCAACGGCCGUAAACGGGACCGCGCAUGGCGAGGGGCGCGGCUCCGCUCAAGGAUGUCUGGUAAGGCGAGUCCUGGGGCGCGCUGAACCGCUGUGCUGACCGUGAGAGGAGCAGGUCGGACCACGCCGCCGCCCCUGCCGUCACCUGCCGAGUCCUGGGUUCGCUCCGGUGGUCUGCUCGGUGCCCGCGGCGAGGCCGGGCGGGGGGGGGGGGCGGAUCGACCCCGGCGGGCGGCCUUGGCGUCAGGUGAGCGCAGGGGCUCGGCCGUGACGUCAGCGGCGGCCGGCGCGCUGAUUGGCUCCCGGCGGGGGUGUGAGCGGCCGCCGCGCUGACGCAAGGACCCGUAUGUGGGAGUCACUGUCGGUGGGACAGGCCCUGCGUGCGCGCCUCCACCUCCGAGAGAACGUCUUCGCCUGGAGUCGCACAGACAGCGUGGACGCAGCCCGACAUCUCUGAGGUCUUCGAGGAUCGGAGGAUCGACCGUCGCGCCCAGAUCCGGCUCAAGACGCGGUAGCAGCCCGGUCGACAGUCUUUGGUGGGCUGUAGCGUCAGCAGCAGCAGCAGCAGCAGUACCUACCUUCACAGCAGCCAUGGCUCAGCAGGGCACCCCGCGCACGGGCGUGCCGCACGCCCACAACAGCAUGGUGGAGCGACUGCUGGUGGCCGGCACGUCGGCCUGCAUCGCAGACGCCAUGACGUUCCCGCUGGACACGGCCAAAGUCAGACUGCAGGUGCAAGGCGAAACGUCCGGCUUCCUGCUGCGGGUCAGCCUGUUCUACGAGGAGGCCGUGAUAUCGAGCGCCGCGCCGCCCAAAUACCAGGGCAUGCUGGGGACCAUCAAAACGAUCGCCACCGAGGAGGGACCCAGGGGGCUGUACAAGGGUCUGGCGCCAGGACUGCAGCGACAAAUGUGCUUCUCUGCUAUCAAACUCGGCAUGUACGACACAUUCAAGGAGUUCUACCACUCCUUCAUCGGAAGUCCCAGCCAGAACUACGUCAACAUCCCCACGCGCGUGAUGGCCGGCAUGACCACCGGAGCGCUGGCAGUCAUGGUGGCGCAACCCACCGACGUCGUCAAGGUCAGGAUGCAAGCCCAGAGCCAGUCCAAGGGCCCUCCGCGAUACAAGAGCUCGUUGCAAGCCUACCGAACAAUCUUCAAAACAGAGGGAACUAAAGGCCUCUGGAAAGGGUUCACGCCGAACGUGAUGCGUAACGCGAUCGUGAACGUGGCGGAGACGGUGUGUUACGACGUGACCAAGGACACGCUGCUGUACUACCACCUGCUGCAGAACGGCAUCCCGCUGCACUUCAGCGCCGCCGCCGUGGCAGGUCUGUGCGCCACGGUGGUGGCCUCGCCGGUGGACGUGAUAAAGACGCGCUACAUGAACGCCCAGCCGGGCGAGUACAGGGGCGCCGUGGACGCCGCCGUACGCAUGUUCAUGCAGGAGGGACCCGGAGCCUUCUAUAAAGGGUUCCUGCCGUCGUUCUGCCGCCUGGUCAGCUGGAACAUCUGCAUGUGGCUCACCUACGAGCAGAUCAAGGAGCUGGCGCGCCGACACCACGAACAGUAGGUCGCAGAGUCGCCUGCCUGCUAUUCCUGUGCAAUCGACAGGUAUGCUAUCCGCGCCCGGUAUCAGGAGCAGUAGGUUGCAGAGCCGCCGGUCGACAGACGUGCGAUCCGUGCGCUGCCAUCACGAACAGUAGGUCGCAGUUCCGUCACUCGACAAGGAUGGGAACUGCGCCCGGCAUCGGGAGUAGCCGCGGGAGUUUCAGAGCCGCCGGUCGGCUCUACUCUCGAUAGUCAUGCGAUCCGAGCCUGCCGCCACGAACAGUAGGUCGCAGAGCCGCCUGCGCUUGACAGGGGCGCUCCUAGCGUCAGUCCGCCGCGGUCGCGUCACCUGCCGGCUAGGGCGGAUCUUGGCGACUGUCCCUGCUCACUGGCGGAGCUGAGGGCGCCACUGCGGCUGGACUGACUCAGUAGGGAAGUAGUGCGAGGCAAUAAGGCUGUCCCAGCUCUGUGACGGAGUUGUGAGAGGCACUGUGACCGGACCGGUUCUGUAGGGAAUGCUGUGCCGCCCGGACGGAACUGAGGGAGCCACUGCGGUCGCCACACGACUCACUGGUGGAGCACUGUGACCGAAACCGGUCUGUGAGGGAUCUGUUUGAGCCACCGUGGCCGCUACGGCUCACUGGAGACUCGGCGCCCGCCCCAGCUCGUCGAUUCAGUGAUCGGAGCUGUGGAUCAUGUGAUGUUGAGAUACUAUCUACAGUGCGCGGUUUUACGUGUGCUCUAAGUAUAGCCCGUCUUCUGUGGUGCUGGAUUAGCUGCCAGGGCGCAGAUUGAGCGCGAAAUGCUAUUAUAGAUCUGACAUGACGAUUGACGAUAUCAGGAACUGCGUGUUAUCUGUCCAGCUCGACAUUGGACGAGAAAUGUGUCGUAUUUUAGGUAGGUAGAAGAGUAUCGUGAUACCUAUGAAAUGUCAACGCACACCGCUCAUAGCGCAGUGAUAAGUUUUAGAGUUGAUUUUCUCUACACCAUUAUUUUCCACACCUUAUGUCUAUCAUCUGCUCAUGAUAAGCACCAGACCACGAACACUAGGCAACAUGAGCGUUCACUGGAUGAGUUCGAUAAUUGUUUCAGUGCAAUAUGUGUGGUUUCCUAGCACCAUAUGUGGACUGUGAUGGCUCCUGUGGUUCUUACUUCUUACCAGCCACGCGGCGCUUCCGAUUCGUAUCGUACCAGUAUCACCCUAGCCAGUUCCUUCCAGAGCGAGGGAACUACGCUCCCCGCUGAAUAUCGGUGUAUCCAUCCAUAUGUAUAUGACUAUGCAUUUAGCUGCAUUUCAUUCUGUUUUUGAAAACCCAAAUAUAUUUUCGUAGACGAGUGACAA